AUGCGAUACCAAAGAAUCAAGCACAUAUUGGAGCCACCUUACGCGGAGAUCCAACUGAUACCGGCGGGCGGUCCCAUUACGAUUGACGAGCUGCUGGCUGCCGAGAUCAUAGAUAUAUGCGACGAGCUGCUAUUUCAGGACGACAUACGUGUGGUGUCCAUAACGGGGCAGGGCCAGGCAUUCGCAACGGGACGAAUCUCACCGCCGGCCGAUAUUGUUGGAGCCGAUUCGUCGCAACAGCUCGACUGGAUCAACGGGUUGAAAGCAGCGGGGGCCGUGGCCGGGCUGCCGAUGCCCGUGGUGGCAGUGCUGAACGGCGAUGCCACCGCCCACGGCCUGGAACUGGCGCUGGCGGCCGAUCUCCGGAUAGCCGCGGAUUUCGUUGUUGUGGCGGCAGGAAAAAUUGGUCAAGUGGGAUUUCCUUUCGAUGGCGCUACACAACGCCUGCCGCGUCUCGUUGGGCCUGCGUUGGCCCGGGACAUGCUGCUCACCGGCAGGACACUGACCGCCUCCGAGUGCCUGGAUGCGGGAUUGGUGAACCGGGUGGUGGCGGCUAACGAACUGAGCGCCGCCGCCCGGGCGUUGGCGAGUAAGAUAGUGGACGCCGCGCCCAUCGCCAGCCGGUUUGCCAAGGAAGCAGUGAACGCCGCCGGGGAUAUGACGCUGGCGCAAGGUCUCAGGCUGGAAGCUGACCUCAGCAUAAUUCUUCAAAGCACAAGCGAUCGCGAAGAAGGGUUGCUUGCUUUCCGCGAAAAGCGCGUCGCCCGGUUUUUGGGUCGGUAA